GCGGGGUCGCGGCCGGGCCGGCUGAGUGUGGGCACCGGGAUGCGGGCGACGGCAAGUGAUACAGUCAGUGAGUUUGCUGAGUGCCUAGUAAGUGCGAGGCGCCUUUGGGGUUCCCGGGCAUCUUCCCGACGGCCUGUGAGCAGGUGCUGCGAUUAUCUUCAUUUUAUUGCGAGGAAGCAGGAACAGAAAGGCUCGGGCACCUGUCCAAAGUCACACAGCUAGUCAACCCCGGGGGAGCCUUCUGUGUUUUGUCCCCCUGCCUGGCGCUUAGCUUUUCCAACUAACGUUCCCGAAAUUGAUCAAGUUUGUGGUUGCUGUCUGCCUUCCCUGCUCGAAUACAGCUCCACAAGGUCGGGGACCUGGGAUUGUUUGUUCCCUGAUGUAUCUGCAGCACGUAGAACAGGCACAUCGCGGGCCCGCAACAUUUUCACUGAAUGAGUAAAAGCGACAGAGCAGGCAAUCCGUUCGAUUCCGGAGCGGGGACUCUUAGGCAUAGUAGGGCAGGGCUCAGCUCCUUGUCUGCUGAUAACUGGGGUCCUACUAAACGUUACUCUCCAAACUCAGAUGAGGCCUUGUGCUUCCUUCCAUAAAUGAAAACAUUUGAGUUUUCCUCCACUUCACUCCAUCAUAGGGGUUGUGAAUCGCAUCUCCUGUGUGGUCCUUUCCAGGAGCAGGGUGCAUCACUGAGACCACUGCUCACCAACUGCAGAUUCCUGCUCCUGGGCUUCCUAGUCUACAGAAGAGCCAGUGUGACGCCUCAGAAGAUCCCCCGCCCUUUGUCCGGGGCAGAACAGGAUGGCCACGGCCCAGGAUACCUCGUUGCCGGACCAGAUGAGGUCUCGAGAUUGGGACGAGGAGAAGAGGCCAGGAGGGCAGACAGAGGGCCGUCAGCACCGAAUUUUCCAGAAUUCUGGCAAGUUGAUGACCAGAUAGACAACCACAAGGAAAGCCAAAACCAACUUCUGUGGCAAACUGCAUUAGUAGACAAGGAAACACAGAAGGAUCAAAGUGGCCAAGAAUUCGCAACCUUCAGGAAAAUCGUUUAUCCAAACACAGACUUUGUUUCUAUAAGACAAAGACUCCCUAAAUAUUAUUCCUGGGGAAGGUGUUCAAAACAUAAUUUAAACUUUCUUUGUCAAAACAGAAGCUAUGUAAGAAAGAAAGAUGAUGAAUGUCAGGCACAUUGGAAAUUAUGCUUCCAUUCUAAUCUCAAUAAUGCUCAACCUGCAGAGAAAUUUUUUGAGCCUCAUCAACAUGGAAGAGCCCUCCACCAGAAGCAAGCACUUAAUAAAACUCAAAGAAUUCAAACUAGGGAGAAACUCUAUGAGUGUUCUGAAUGUGGGAAAGUGUUUAUCCAGAAAGCAAACCUUGUAGUACAUCAGAGAACUCACACAGGAGAGAAGCCUUAUGAAUGCUUUGAAUGUGCAAAAGCCUUCAGCCAGAAGUCAACCCUCAUUGCUCACCAGAGAACUCACACAGGGGAGAAGCCCUAUGAAUGCAGCGAAUGUGGAAAAACCUUUAUCCAGAAGUCAACUCUGAUUAAACACAAGCGAACUCACACAGCAGAGAAACCAUUUGUAUGUGGUGAAUGUGCAAAAGCCUUUAAGAGUUCAUAUCACCUUAUUAGACAUGAGAAGACACACAUUAGGCAAGCAUUUUAUGAAGGAAUCCACUUUGGUAAGUCCAGCCUUAUGCAUCAAAGGACUCGUAACAGUGAGAAACCUGAGUGUAAUAAACAUGGGAAACCCUUUGAUGAGAAAGCCAAUCCCAAUAAACACCAGAGAUCUCACACAAAAGAGAAACUUUAUGAGUGCAGUAAAUGUGGGAAAAGCUUCAGGGGAAAGUCACACCUCUCUGUUCAUCAGAGAAUUCAUACAGGGGAGAAGCCUUAUGAAUGCAGCAUAUGUGGGAAGACUUUCAGUGGGAAAUCACACCUCUCUGUCCAUCAUAGAACUCACACAGGAGAGAAGCCGUAUGAAUGCAGAAGAUGUGGAAAAGCAUUUGGUGAAAAGUCAACCCUUAUUGUACAUCACAGAACUCACACAGGAGAGAAACCCUAUAAAUGCAAUGAGUGUGGGAAAGCCUUCAGCGAGAAGUCACCACUGAUAAAACAUCAGAGAAUUCAUACAGGGGAAAGGCCCUACGAAUGCAGUAACUGUGGAAAAGCAUUCAGUAGGAAGUCAACUCUCAUUAAACAUCAGAGAAUCCACACAGGGGAAAAACCCUACAAAUGCAGUGAAUGUGGGAAAGCCUUUAGUGUGAAAUCCACUCUCAUUGUACAUCACAGAACUCAUACGGGAGAAAAACCCUAUGAAUGCAGGGACUGUGGAAAAGCCUUCAGUGGGAAGUCGACUCUCAUUAAACAUCAGAGAAGUCAUACAGGAGAUAAAACCUAUUAAGAUACUUGAGAGUGAGAGAAUGUCACUAUUCGUUAUACCUCAUUAUGUAUCACUUCAUCCUGGGGAUUAACCUUAUCAAUGUUAAGAAUGUCAGAAACUCUUCAGGUAUUAUUUAAUGUUCCUUUAAUAUAAUAAAUGUUACAAAAGCAUAAUUCCAGAAGCAUGUAAUAAAUGUGAUCAGUUUUUUACCCAGAAUUCUUACCCAUGAGUGGAAAAUUGUACAUCAGAGAAUUUGGGGAAAUGUUUGUGGUAAUCUGUUAAGUGAAAAAACAGAUUAUAAAACAAUAUACCAUAUGGUUUACAUUGUAAAAAAAGAGGAAGGAUAGGCACUAUUGUAUCAGUGAUUCUGGGUGGUAGAAAAAUGGCAACUUUAUGAUGAGUAAAAUUGUAUGCACAUAUAUAUUUGGUUUAUAUUUAUAUCUAUUUUAGGUGUGUGUAUGUAGGUAGGUAGACACAUAGAACAAAAAGCUAGGAAGGAAAUAUACCAAAUUAUUAAGCAAAUUAUCAUUUGGGUGUUGGGAAAUUGAUUUUUAAAUGUUUUGAGCAUAGUCUCCAGAAACUACCAAUAAAUUGUUUAAGGUAAUCCUGUGUAUACUUGAUUCUUUCCAUCCACUUUCCCUUUCAGCUUUGUCUUUGGUUUUGAGAAUGUAUUUUGCAUGUUGAGAAUGGG